AUGGUGGCCCAACUGCUAGGGCUGGCCUUUCUAUACCUGACCACCAGCACAGACAAUUUUAGGGCUCAUGGCUUGUCAGUGGAGCCGACGGCACCGGUGAAGAUCAGCCACGACUGGGAGGUGGUGUACCAUGACACGGGUGUGCACGGCGUGCUGGGCAAAGCCGUGAUCCUGGAGUGCGGCCCCACCGUGCCGGACAUGUACAUAUGGAGCUUCACCAGGCCGGGCACCGACGCCAUCAGAGCAGUGGUGUAUAAUUUGGGGAAGGGGCCCAGGAUCCAGAAACUGGCUGAGAGGCUGGGACAGCUGACCAUCAUCUCCAACAGCGCGGCCGUGAGUAUCGAGAAGCUGCCGCUGGCCGCUCACGGCCUCUUCACCUGCCAGGCCUUCUACGACCUGGAGGGCCAGCCCAAGGUCUACUACUACUACGUGCACCUCGCAGUUCGAGUGCCCGUAAGCAAGCCGUACCUCCUGCUGAGCGACGCGUCCCCCGUGGAGGGCUCCACCAUGUGGAUGCGCUGCAGCCUGGAGAACGGGACCGGGCCUAUCCAGUACCUGUGGCAACACGAAACCCGCGGCGGCAACGUCACGGCCUUCGCUCAGGGCCGCGCCGACAUCAUCAACGUGACCGACGUGAGCCGGAACCACACGGGCUGGUAUCGCUGUGUGGCCACCAACGCCGUCAACAGUGAGAGCUCCAACCGGCUGUGGCUGGACACCAUCUUCGGUCCGGACAUUCCUCGGAUCGACGUGACUCCCUUCAGCUUCACUGAGCGAGGAUACUCGGCCCUGGAGAGAGAGACCGUUUCUCUGCUGUGUCAGGCCCAGUCCAACCCGGCCAGCCAGUACGUCUGGUUCUACAACAACUCCCAGGUCCACACCGGACCCCAGUACACCAUCACCAAGAUCCUCCGCAUGCACACCGGCGACUACGCCUGCCUGGCCCAGAACACCUACCUGAACACCCGCUCCAGGAAAACCAUCAGCCUGACCGUCUACUACCCCCCCGACGGCCCCCCCUCCUGCUCCGUGGAGCCGGCUCUGAACCACAGCUCCCUGAGGCUGCUCUGCUCCUGGCCCGGGGGGUUCCCGCCCCCCUCCCUGCACUGGACCGGAGACCUGGUACCUGCCGGGCCAGGUCCAGGUCCAGAUCCAGAUCCAGAUCCAGAUCCAGAUCCAGAUCUACACACUCUCCUGCUGCCCUCGGAGAGACUCAGUCCCAACAGCAGCUUGUUUACAUGUGUGGGCUCACAUCCUGCCCUCGGACGACAGGCGGAGUGCAGCACACGCACACAUGUUCCUGCGUCAGAGCCGGUGUGCUUCGCUUAUGUGACCAACGACAAGCAGCAUCUGAUCCUGUCCUGCUCCUGGAGCGGGGGGGCCCCCAGAGCCCUGCUGUGGUGGGAGGGCCCCGGGGGUCACAGCAAGGCCGGGGAGGAAAGCUCCAACGUCCUGGUCCUGGGCUACGGCGCCGCCCGCAGCGGGGAGCCCUACACCUGCCACGCCCAGCACCCGCUGCUGGCCCGGCCCCAGACCUGCAGGCUCACGCUGGAGGCCCCCGUGCUGCUGACGCAACGCCGCCGCGUCUCUGCGUACGAGGGGACGGACGUGCAGCUCACCUGCAACCUGAGAGCCAACUACCUCCCCGCCGGCGACAUCACCUGGCUGAACAACCGCGGCUCCGACGUCCGAGACCCGUCCAAGUACACGCUGCUGCAGACGUCUGCGUGGGCCAACCUGACCGUGAGGGACGCGGACGAGACGCAGGACAGCGGCGACUACAGGUGCUCCACCUCCAACGCAGUGGGAGGAGCAGAGGUCAACGUCACCCUGGUGGUCAAGAAGCACCCGGCGCCGCCCAACGUGACCCUGCUCAGAGCGGCGUACGUCGGCCCGCGGCGGGACCAGGUGCAGCUGGAGUGGCGGGUAGAGACUGAGCAGGACGGAGGAUGGACAGGUUUCGUCUCGGAGCACAGAUGGGUGUCGGAGCGGCCAGGACGGAGGAAAAGCAGCAACGGGUCGGAGGAGCAGAACGGGGAGAGGACCGGUCUGAAAGACUGGUACCGGACCAUCAUCCCGGACCCAGACCUCAGGAGCCACACGGUCCGAGGACUCACACCAACCGUCACCUACCAGUUCAGGGUCACUCCGGUGAACCACCGCACCAUCGGACACCCGUCUGCAGCCAAGAGUCCAGCGGAGCCGGGCCUCAGCGUGUACCCGGCUGUGAUCGGAGCAGCCAUCGGCGGGAUGCUCUUCGCCGGCGUUCUCACGCUGCUGCUGCUGGUGUUCAUCAUCCGCAACCGCAACAACAACCCGCGACUGCAUGACCUUCUGUUCGGCUCGCAGCACAGCCAGUCCAGGGAGAACAUCAACUCUCCAGAGGAUGAAGUGGUCAGAGACGGAGGCCCGGAGGACUCGGGGGGGCCGUCCAGUCCAGGUCCGGCCUUCGCUAUUCCCCGGGCCGCCUCCCCCCUGGGUGCCACUCCCGCCAGCCAAGCCCCCCCCACUGGAGAUGAUGUGCCGGUCAGCGUCACGAUCACGGUCCAGGCUACAGGCUCCUAG